AUGUUCAAAUCCUUCAGCCUCUUGUCCCUCGUCUUCGCUGCGACUGCCCUCGCUCAGCAGACGGGCAAAACCACCCGUUAUUGGGAUUGCUGCAAGCCAUCAUGCAGCUGGUCUGGCAAGGCGAGUUUACAUAGCGCGACUUCCUCGGCUGAUGUGACGCGACCGGUUCUUACUUGCAACGCGCAAGGAAGUACCCUUACCGAUCCCAAUGUGAGGAGUGGCUGCGAUGGAGGUUCUGCCUUUACUUGCACAAGCAACUCCCCGUGGGCGGUCAAUGAUGACCUUGCUUAUGGCUUUGCCGCUGUCAGCCUCUCCGGCAGCUCCGAAAGCAAAUGGUGCUGUGGAUGUUAUGAAUUAACAUUCACUUCUGGGCCGGUUGCUGGCAAGAGAAUGGUCGUUCAAGCUACAAACACUGGUGGCGAUUUGGGCAGCAACCAUUUCGAUCUCCUCAUGCCAGGCGGUGGUGUUGGUAUAUUCAAUGGUUGCCCAGCUCAAUUCGGCUCGUGGAACGGCGGUGCUCAAUAUGGCGGUGUCUCGUCAAGAAGCGAAUGUAGCAAUCUCCCAGCAGGUAUAUCCUAUGACGCCUUUCGUUACUUUGAAUCUGACUCUGUGUCGACAUCUGCAGCUGUUCAAGCUGGUUGCCAUUGGCGCUUCGACUGGUUCAAGGGUGCCGACAACCCGAGCAUCUCGUUCCGCGAAGUUCAGUGUCCUGCCGCGCUCACGGACAUCACUGGAUGCUCGCGUCGUGAUGGCAGCGGUCUGCCAGCCGUUGCAGCAGGACCAUCAACGCCAGCGUCUUCAAGUUUGUCCACGCCUACAUCCUCGAAGUCGCCAUCUAUCACCGCCUCCGCGCCUACAUCAUCGAAAUCGCCAUCUAUCACCGCCUCCACGUCUACAUCCUGUAGAUCGUCAUCACCUCCCACCACAAGCUCGGACGGUACCAGCGGAGGUGCUCCUCAGUGGGGACAAUGCGGUGGAAUUGGGUAA